AAUGAAGAGUCGGCAUAUUGAGCGCAUAAUAGCAGAUCAGCAGUAAGCGCCAAUGAUCCCUCCAUACGAGUGAGUACCACGUACGAAUAAAACUUUAUACGAACUCACGCAGCUGUUCAGUUGUAACGUAUAUAAGUAGCGAAGAGGAGCUGCUCACAAGAGCGCGGGUAGUUUUCCUUUGAGUUAAUAAGAAAAUAUAUUCAUUGAAAAAAAAGAAUAAAAAUACAAACGUAAAUAAAAACGCAUUUUUCGGCAAUUAAAAACAUAUCAAUAUUUUUCCGACACCAAAAAGCGCUUAUCACACAAAUAAUUUACUCUUUGCAAGAAAGAAUAUAAUAUAAUCAAGCAAAUAAUAUAAAAAAUAAUUGAAAAAAAAAUAUGAGCGCGAAAUCCCGAUGCUGCAUAGUUGGCGCUGGCGCAGCUGGCCUCUGCGCCUUGAAAUAUGCGCUCGAAUUCGGCAUGGAGGCGGUGGCGUAUGAGAAAUGUAAUGAAAUCGGCGGCACCUGGGUGUACACGGAGCAAACAACGGAUGGCUUUGCAGCAGCGGAGGAUGUGCAUAGCAGCAUGUACGAGGGUUUACGCACCAAUCUACCAAAGGAAGUUAUGGAUUUUCCUGACUUUAAGUUUCCCACCAACAUGCGUGAAUCCUAUAUUCUGGCCAGUGAUGUCUUGGCAUACUUUCAAGCAUAUGCCGAGCACUUUCAACUCCUGCCACACAUUCAAUUACAGCAGGAGGUGGUGCGUGUGCGACCCCAGCAUAACAAGUGGGAGGUUCUAACGCUUGAUUUACAAAGCAACAGUUUUACGACGGAAAUUUUUGAUUAUAUUUUUAUUUGCAAUGGACGUUAUGCUACGCCGUCUUAUCCGCAAACCGAGGGUAUUGAUUUGUAUAAAGGUCAUAAAAUUCACAGUCAUGUUUUUCGCAAGGCGGAGAGCUUUAAAGACGCCACUGUUCUCAUGGUUGGCGCCGGUCGUAGUGGCAUGGACAUCACCCAUCACAUCUACCCAUUUGCCAAGCGUAUAUAUCUCAGUCAUCACCUACAACAGAAACCGCCGAUAACAGAUUUUAUGCCGAAUGUCAUACAAAAGCCUGUUGUAGAACGCUACACUGCAGAUGGCGCCAUCUUCAAGGAUGGCACACAAGCCAGCUUCACGCACAUAAUCUUCUGCACCGGCUACAAUUUAACCAUACCCUUUCUCAGUGCCGACUGUAACCUGCACGUCCAUGACAACCUCGUCUAUCCACUCUACAAACACUGCAUCAAUAUCUAUCAUCCGACAAUGUGCUUCAUUGGUCUGCCAAUAUACGCGUAUCCCAUCAAGCUGUUCGAUAUGCAAACGCGUUUCGUAAUGCAAUAUUAUAGUGGUAGAUUGCAAUUGCCCAGCACGGCGGAUAUGUUGGCCGAUACGGAACGUGAUUUGGCCGAGCGUAGGGAGCGUGGUUUGCCACGUCGAAAGGCCCAUUUGGUUGGCGAGCGACAGUUUGACUACUAUGACGAGCUGGCGGCGUUGACAGGCAUCGAUAAUAUCAAACCUGUUAUUAAAAAUCUUUCGAAAAUCUGUAGCGGCAAAUUUCUUUACGAAUUACAAAAUUAUCGGAAAACUGCGUUUGAGGUUAUAGAUGAAGAAAACUUUGUGCAAUUCAAGUUGGAUGAAGUCUAAUGAGGAAAAUUUUAAGAAUAUAGGGAAAUAAAGAGAUUGUAUUUUAAGAGAACUAAA